AUGGAGAGACAAAUCAUAAGCAAGAAGAAACAAGUAUUCUCUGUGGAACCAACCAAGCUAUCCCCUAGUGAAGUUUUCACGAGGAAAUACACAAGCCACUUAGUUCCUGCACUCAAGAAGCUCAACAUGGACAAGAACUCUUCACAAAUAAACCAAGUAACCGUGAAGCAUGAAGUAGACAUGGCUUUGGCUUUGUCUGCUCAAGAAUUUGCAUGGGGCCGUUUCUUGCUACAGAAGUUAUCGUCCGCAGACAGUAAAAGUUCUUCUUCCAAUCAAACUCAGAUUCUAGAAAGAUCCAACGACGAAGAUGGAGAGAUAGAGGAGAAAAUGAAGGAACUACAGGAGCUUUUGCCAGGUGGAAAAGAGAUGAAUGUGGAAGAAAUGUUGAGUGAGAUUGGCAAUUACAUUAAAUAUCUUGAGUUGCAGACGAGUGCUCUUAAGACGAUCGUUCAAGAUACUACUUGA